AGUAGAAGUACAGGAAGCUCCCUGCGAUAUACUACCAGUAUUAGGCGCUCGGAGACUACCGCAGAUCCCAGGCAUCACAACUCCCUUUGGCCUCGUCCUUGCGACCUUCGACAAUUUAUAAUGGCCAACGUAGAACUUGCUGCAACCUACGCCGCCCUCAUCCUCGCCGACGAUGGCGUCGAGAUCACCUCGGACAAGAUCACUGCGCUGAUGAACGCCGCAAAUGCUGAGGUCGAGGCUAUCUGGGCAACUCUUCUCGCCAAGGCACUCGAGGGCAAGAACGUGAAGGAGCUCCUUUCCAACGUUGGUGCGGGCGGCGGUGCUCCCGCAGCCGGUGGUGCUUCUGCGACUGCUGGCGGUGCUGCUGCUGGCGGUGCUGAAGCACCCAAGGAGGAGGAGAAGAAGAAAGAGGAAGAGAAAGAGGAAUCAGAUGAUGAUAUGGGCUUCGGUCUCUUCGAUUAAUCUCGUCGGAUUUCCGUCGUUCUACCAUGUUUCGCUUAUAUGUUCCUGCACACUACAUGCUGCCGCUGGGCGCACGGAGGACCUGCUGCGCAUCCUUCGCACACUGCCAGGACUGUGGUUGCUCUCCCCAGUGAAUAUCUGCGAACACUCAAGAUUGGGGCUCUCGAAGCGCACAUAAUUCGGGCUCUCGGGGCGCUACUGCGGACAUGCUACAGCGAAUAUAAUACAUGAUUUUCAAAGUAAUUAUUGAUCAUUUCCGAUUCUCCUGAUGUCGUGAUCUAGUGUGACGUUCGCGGCAGAGCAUGGUAUCUAAGUGUUGGCUACACACGACGCCGAUUCCUCCUUGCCACACCUGACGACAGCGUCCUGUGGGCUGUUCCCGAUGGCGGCAGCACAUUCUAUCUACUUGUAAUAGCCCUGCUAUGAUAACG